GGAAUGGGGGGAGUUACUGCUGAAUGGCAUUAAAAUGGUGGAUGAACCUAUGGAGGAAGGAGAACUAUAUUCCUGUAAUGAUGAAGGAAGUAUCAAAGAGAUUCCUAUUACCCAUCAUGUGAAAGAAGGUUGUGAAAAAGCAGAUCCAGCACAAUUUGAAUUGCUUAAAGUCCUUGGUCAAGGAUCGUUUGGAAAGGUUUUCCUUGUGAGAAAAAUAAUCGGUCCUGAUGCUGGCCAUCUAUAUGCCAUGAAAGUCCUAAAGAAGGCUUCGUUGAAAGUUCGAGAUAGAGUCCGCACAAAGAUGGAGAGAGAUAUAUUAGUAGAAGUAAAUCAUCCCUUUAUUGUCAAACUGCACUAUGCCUUCCAGACUGAAGGAAAGCUAUAUUUAAUAUUGGAUUUUCUCAGGGGAGGAGACGUGUUCACAAGAUUAUCCAAAGAGGUUAUGUUUACAGAGGAAGAUGUGAAAUUCUACCUCGCAGAACUGGCUCUAGCUUUGGAUCACCUGCACAGCUUGGGAAUUGUAUACAGGGACUUGAAGCCAGAAAACAUUUUGCUUGAUGAAGCAGGACAUAUCAAGUUAACAGACUUCGGCUUAAGCAAAGAAUCGGUUGAUCAAGAGAAGAAAGCUUAUUCUUUCUGCGGUACUGUAGAAUACAUGGCCCCUGAAGUUGUGAACAGGCGGGGCCACAACCAAAGUGCUGAUUGGUGGUCGUUUGGUGUUCUCAUGUUUGAAAUGCUCACUGGUACUUUACCUUUCCAAGGUAAAGACCGAAAUGAAACUAUGAACAUGAUACUCAAAGCGAAACUUGGAAUGCCACAAUUCCUGAGCCCUGAAGCUCAGAGUCUUCUAAGGAUGUUGUUUAAAAGGAAUCCUUCAAACAGGCUAGGGGCUGGUCCUGAUGGUGUUGAAGAAAUAAAGAGGCAUCCCUUCUUUUCAACCAUUGACUGGAAUAAACUUUACAGGACAGAGAUUCAGCCUCCAUUUAAACCUGCUUCUGGAAGACCAGAAGACACAUUUUGCUUUGACCCAGAAUUCACAGCAAAAACUCCCAAAGAUUCCCCUGGAGUCCCGCCAAGCGCCAAUGCUCAUCAGCUCUUCAAAGGUUUCAGCUUUGUGGCAACGAACACCAUAGAAGACCACAAAAUCACCCCUCUCAACAACAUUUUGCCAAUAGUACAGCAACUUCAUGGGAGCAGUGCACUCUUCACAGAUGCCUAUGAACUUAAAGAAGACAUUGGUGUGGGCUCUUACUCGGUGUGUAAGCGCUGCAUCCAUACAGUUUCCAAUAUGGAAUUUGCUGUGAAGAUAAUUGACAAAAGUAAGAGAGAUCCUUCCGAAGAAAUAGAAAUCUUGAUGCGGUACGGACAGCAUCCUAACAUUAUUACUUUAAAAGAUGUGUACGAUGAUGGUAAAUAUAUCUACCUUGUCACAGAAUUGAUGAAGGGAGGGGAGCUUCUGGAUCGUAUUCUCAGACAGAAGUAUUUUUCAGAACGCGAAGCAAGUGCCGUCUUAUAUACUAUCGCUAAAACUGUGGACUACCUUCACUGUCAAGGAGUUGUGCAUCGGGAUCUUAAACCAAGUAAUAUUUUAUAUAUGGAUGAUUCCAAUAAUGCUGAUUCCAUCAGGAUUUGUGAUUUCGGCUUUGCAAAGCAACUCCGGGGAGAGAAUGGGCUUCUCUUAACGCCAUGCUAUACUGCUAAUUUUGUGGCACCAGAGGUCCUCAUGAGGCAAGGCUAUGAUGCUGCUUGUGAUAUUUGGAGCUUGGGAGUUCUUCUUUAUACAAUGCUGGCAGGGUACACACCUUUUGCAAACGGGCCCAAUGAUACCCCUGAAGAAAUUUUGUUACGGAUAGGUAGUGGAAAAUUUUCUUUAAAUGGAGGCAAUUGGGACACUGUGUCAGAUGCUGCAAAGGUAUCAACAUAUUUUUAUUCUGUGCUUUAUUAAGAUACAGGCAGCUGUGUAAAUGCCAUUGCAAGUGAAGCGUUGGUUAAAAUUUGAUAUACUUGAAUGCCAGGUUCCAAAAAUCAAGAAAGAUGCUUUAUGAUUCUUCCAAGGAGAUAUCUUUAUUGUUCUUCACCUAUAGAUAGGCUUCUAUAGAUAGAAUCUUAGACAAACUAAUGCAAGCUACCAGCCACACCAGGCAUAUACCCUGGGGGCUCUUAGGGAGUAGCUGUCUUCACCCACUUUCUCUCACACAAACAAUCUGAACUGAGUUGUCUCGUGCUCCUCUGGAAUGCACACCCCCCCCCCCCGGAAUCCAGGCUACAUUCCAUCACAUUAGGUCAAUGAAGACUCAAUUAUCCAGGUAUCUAAAAAGUCGAAUCAUGGCAACAAUACAUU